GUGACUUUGACAUUUCCCGAUGUAAACAAAUAAUAAACUCAAUCAAAUUUGCAGUGUUCAUUCUUGGAUAAUAAUUUCGAAAUUGUCACAGAAAUUAUGGUUGAUUUAUAUUCAUGGGGUGCAAAUUCCCAUGGUCAGCUCGGUUUGGGUUACGACUCAGAAAUGUGUACAACGCCACAAAAGGUUCCAUUGAAUAGUGAUUCAAUAGAUUUGACGAAUAUACAGAAGAUGCAAGGAGGCGGUGGACAUUUGUUGUUAUUGGAUAAGAAUGGUCGAAUGUAUGGUUGUGGUUGGAAUGGCAAAGGUCAACUAGGUCUCUGUAACACAGUCGAUUCACAUUCAAUUCAGCCGCUGCUAAAAACCGAUUCGCCGAUCGUUGACAUUGCCAGUGGCUGGGACUCAACAGCAGCUAUCGAUCAAAAGGGCAAUCUAUACGUUUGGGGUUCGAAUGCAUUUGAUCAACUCGGAUUUUCUUCCCAAUUUAUUGAUACAUUCUUCACAAUGCCAAUGCUCUUGAACCUACCGUCCAAUGAAAAAGCGAAAAAAGUUUGUUUUGGUUUGCGUUACAUGUGUGUUUUGUGUGAGAGUCAAAACAUUUACAUCGUUGGACGAUGGCGAUUCCUAGACACCUGUGCCGAAGUAAUUAUGCAUAAUGAUACAAAUUUUUACAAACUAUUGACACCGGCUAAUCUAACGAUUAAAGACAUUUCAAGUGGUUCAAAUCACGUCGUCUGUGCGUGUACAGAUGAUGGGGUGUCGGUUGUAAUUAUUGGUUUCGGCGACAAUAGAUUCUUGCAAUGCAGUGAGAAGAGAUUAGAGAGUGAUGAUAUUUGCUAUUUGCGUAGCGGUUGGUCUCAUAAUGGCAUAUUGACCACGAAUGGCUCGGUUUAUUUAUGGGGACGAAAUACCUACGGUCAGCUGGCUAAUUCGCAAGCCGAUAAAUACGAUGAAUUCCUUGAGUUGAAAGGUGUUCACGGAAAAAUCGAACAAUUUCAUCUUGGCUCUGAACACGGACUUGUUGUCAACGAACAGAAAAAUGUUUUUACCUGGGGUUGGAAUGAACAUGGCAACUGCGGCAAUGGAAAUGAGGCAAAUCUGUUCGAAUCAUAUCAAGUGCAAUUACCGGGAAAAUGCAUUCAGAGCACAACUGGUGCUGGAUUCUGCUAUGCUCUCGUUCACCAUUCGGAUGAUUAAUAUUUUAAUACUUUGGCUUAGCUGUGAUUUGCACGCACUUUGGGCAUUUUGUUUUGCUAAAUAAUUGUAAAUAUUUUCGGAGAACGAAUAAAAUUUUGACGAAAA